AUGGGACGCGGCGCGGACGCCGCCGGCGGGGACCCGGUCGCGGCGGCGGUGGCGGCGGAGAAGGCGGCGGCGGAGGCGGCGACCUCGCCGCCGUCGCCGCCGUCGUCGUCCUCGCGCGAUUGGCAUUUCCUUCCCUAUCCAGUGGGCCAUCGCAAGCGCGCGUCGUUCGUUCGCCACUACGAGACGCUCCUCGCGGCGCGCGCGGACGCGGCCGCGCGUCACGCGUACGUCCCGUCCGUCCGCGCCGCGCUCGACGGCGACGGCUUCGCGUCGCUCAGGCGACUGAACGUCCUGACGUUCGACCCGGCGGCGCAUCCGGUGCUGCGCGCGUUUCGCGCUCUCAUCGGCGUCGCGGACGACGCGGACCUCUCGCGCGCGCAUUUGUCGUUCCGCGACUUCAGCCGUCGCUCGUCGCACCUCGACGACAAGGCGUCGCUCCUCGCGCCGCUCGCGCGGGACUCGCCCGCGCGCGACGCGUUCGUCGACGCGUACGACGCGCUCGUCCUCGCCGUCGUCGCCCCCGCGGUCGCGGCCGCGAUGGGGCCCGAGCUCGAAGACGCUAUCCUCUACGCCGCGUUUCCGUGCGUGCGCGUCCAGCAGCCGUGCGAGUUUCACACCAUUCGCGCGCACGUGGACUCGAUGUACAACCACCCGGAAGGGAGCGUGAACUGCUGGCUGCCGCUCACGAGCGCGUUUGGCGCGAACACGCUGCAGCUGGAGUCCGCGCCGGGGGCGGAGGACUUUCGCCCGCUCGAGCUGGAUCACGGCGCCGUCGCGAUGUUUCACGGGCACUCCGUCGCGCACUUCACCGUGGCCAACACGACGGACGAAACGCGCGUGUCGCUCGAUUUCCGCGUCGUGCCGCGCAGCGUGCACGACCCGAGCGCGGAGUGCACCGCGCGCAAGGGUCCGGGCGACGCGUCCGCGCGGCAGUGUUACAACGUGUCUGGGUAUUACUCCGCGGCGCGGAGGGGAGACGACGGGAUCUGGCGGAAAGUCGUCUCCGGAAGACCGAGCGCUCGGCACGGGUUCCCGCAUCGCAACGACGAGAUGGCGUAGUGUGGUGAUUCGCGCGUAAACGUACUGCAGUGCAGGUAGCUCUAGAUGUAUAUUAGUAGUUAUAUAGUAGUAGCAGC